UUCAUCAAAAUAGUUUCUUUGGAAACUGAAUAUUUUUUGGGCAUUAUAGCAACUAAAUAUGGUUUAGAAGCUUCAGGAUGUGUAGCCGUGGCUAAGCAUGUCAAAUUAAACUGUCCAAACCUUCUAUUUUCUAAUCUAAUGACCAUCAGGCUGCCAGACAUCUCGACUCGUGAAAAAUUUUCAGUUGAUCAUUUAAACUUCAAAUGGUACAUUCACUUAUUUUAUCCCAUUCUUCUAAUGAUUUUGUUUGUAUGAAUAGUAAUGUUCAUUUCAAUCAUGGCUCGUAGCAGAAUCCACUUGUUAUAUUCUAGGAAAGAUAAGGUGGAUUAGUUUAAGCAACGUAAAAAUGCCGGAAAAAAGCAUCCCAUGUGAGAGGGAAGAAGCUUUAUGGGAUGUUUCAAAGUCCAGAAAACCAGAAAUCAUUUUAACAUUUGCAUUAAAUAGCCACUUACAGCAUAAGAUGAUCUUAAAAUAAUAUGAUGAUGAUUAAUAAACCCAACAAAGAAAUCAUCAACCAAAUGCAAGUCUGCCAUAAAUUUGUGAAUGAUCUGAAGAUUAGGAGGGCCAAAAGAAUAUUUGUCUAUAAUUAAGAAAGAGAGAGAAAUUGUUAGUUGGAAGAUAUCAUCUUCAAUAAUAUUAAGCACAUGUUUGUCAUAAGAAGUGGAUGGCUGCAUGCAUAUGUUGAGGAUAUAGAUCUUGCCAAAAAAUAGAGCACUGAAUACUUGAAGCUUUCGACCCUCCCAACAACACAUUGUUGAAGGAGAAGGGAGUGCGAGUGCGAGCAAGGAAACUCAUAGAUGCUUUGUAGGGAGGCAAAGCUGCAAGAAAUAGAGGAGUUUGUUCGCUUAACAAUAUCAACCCGAUGAAGUUGAUGAAAAUAAAGACUCCAGUGAUAGUGAUUGUGAAUGUGAAAUGUUGGUGAUGAGUGAAGAGAUGACAAAGUUAAAAACUACAAUAAAUGAUGAGGAGACUCGAUGAUGAAGGGGUUGGGUUAUCCUCGAGCUAUACAAUAUUAUUAACAACAUCAAUCAGGGAGGCCUGAGGUAACCUACAAACACCAACAACAGAUGUGCAAUGAGAGGAAGCUAUGCUAAUGAAUUGGCCUACAAGAUGUGACAGAGCAUUGGAGAUUCACUCUAGAGAAAAGCAAGUGUGAGGAGUAAUGAGCUAAACCAAGAGCCCGUGCGUAUGAGGAUGCAAGCACGUGCUUGAGUGAGAGCAUGGAAGGGUCAAUCACAUCAACAAGGAGCCUAGCAAGCGGAAGAGCCAUGUGGGUUGCAAUGUGGCAAGCCCUGCAAAGGGCAAGAAGUGGUAGAGCAAAUGAAAGGUGUUUUAGAUGGGGAUGGGGACCUUAUUUUUUAACUGUUUCAUUAGUUUCGAGCAUACAACAAAGUGUUUAUUUGACAACUUUACUUUGUUCAAGCAAUUUCGUGCAGCUAAAUCUGGUGUAGAACCAUCAGAUUGUGUGGCUCUAGCAAAGCAUGUCAAGCAAAACUGUCCAAAUCUUGUAUUUUCUGGUCUAAUGACUAUCGGACGGCCGGACUACACCUCGUCUCCUGAAAAUUUUCAGGUAUUGUCUUCUUGCAAGGAUGAAGUUUGCAAAGAGCUUGGAAUGCCAGAAUGCCAAUGUGAGCUUUCAAUGGGUAUGUCUGGUGACUUUGAGAAAGCUAUUGAAAUGGGCAGCACCAAUGUGAGAAUUGGAUCAACUAUA